AUGCCGAGAGAAGAUUACGCCAGUCCUACCUUAUACACCAUAUCGAUAUUCUCCCGUACCAUUCGCAUCAUCCUUUAUACCGUACUGGGAGUCUCAGUCAUCUGUAUCGGUGGCUUUGAAUUGAUGCAUCUGAAUAUCGAACACAGAUUAUUAUCUACUCCAUCAGGAGUUUCUACUUCUUCGGAAGACGAAUACGGUUGGCAGGAAGAGAACCAAGGUUGGACAGGUGGUCCUAGCGGUGGAACCGAUCCGAGACUUGGAUGGAAAGGUAGAUUAGCCGUUAGGACAGCUUGGAGUUAUCAAAAUGAAGGUUCUGGUGGAUUAAUAUCGAGUAUCGAUAAUAAUAGACAUGAUAGAAUCUCAAGAAGCUCCGUUAGUGUUCCUUCUAGAGGGUAUGAUAAGGGGUAUGAGAUGGCGGCGGAAUGUUUAGAUCAGGCUAUAGAGAUAGCGGAGAAAAAGGGAAUUGAAUUCCCUCCCUCAUUCUACGCAGACGCCUCUGGUUUACCGAAAGCAGGGAUGAUGGGACAAGUCGGAGAUUCAACGGCGGUGGAUCUGUUCAUGUUGAAAGCGGGAGUUUUGGAAAGGAUAGGAACACCUUCUGCUUUGACAGAAGCGAAGGAUCUGUAUGAGAGGGUUUUACCUGUGAGUAUGGAUCGGGAAACCGUCGUGGGACAGAAAGCGAGAAGAAUGAGAUUGGCAGGAAAGAUUGGAGAUCUUCAUAUUCGUUUAGGUGAUGAAAAAGCAGCUAUGGGAUGGUGGAUUUGGGGAUUAGGUUUGGCUCAGAUCAACCCGAAUACUUCAAGCAAACUCUCCAAUGCCAACCCCUCACCGAAGGGUUGGUUCUCAUGGAUAAGAAAACCCAACACGGUAUCCAUUCCUCAAGCGGAUGAAAGUACGACGGAAUCGAUCACAACACUCCCACCUCCUAUACUUAGAACGACGAUAUCACUCCUUAUCUCCACCUCGGCUCAAUUGGCGAAAACCAAUCAACUUUUUCAAGCUGAAUCAGUCCAGAAACAAGCUUUAUCCUUACUUGAAAAGUCAUCUACCUUCACAUCGCCCACAUCCCCUCUGAUCACGGAUCGUAGAAAACCAUCUCCCUCCGAAUUGUGGUCGCUAUGGAUCACCCAUCGUCAAGCUUUGCUCACCCUCCAUCUCGCUUCAGUCAGACAUGCCCGAUCUCUACCCGCUUUGGACAUGUGCAGUUCGGCUUCUCACACCGCCGAUAACGUACUAGCGUCUCUCACACCCUUGCCAACUUUAUAUUCGACUCGUAGUAGUCCCUUAUAUCCUCACGCUACCAGACUCAGAGAAGAUGCGAUCGCUCUGGCAGCAGAAGCCGCAUAUACAAGGGGGCUCCUUUUGGAGAAAUCGGGCACGGAAGGGUGGGAGACGGCGGUGGAGUGUUUCCAACAUGCCAUGAAGCUAGUCGGGGGUUCUGGGGAGGAAGACGGUGCAGGAAGAGGGGAGGAAUGGUCAAGGUAUUACAGGGGAUUUGCUAGGGUUAGAAGUAAGAUGGAUAGUGCACUGCAGGGGAAGUAG